UUUGGGUUCUUUCAAAUAUGUUAAUGUCAUCAUUUGUAAGGUGGGAAUAUGUGGAUGAUAUUGUCUCCUUGUGAACUGAAGUCUAUGGCACAAUCUUUCAUCUCCUCGGUGUUUAUUUUUGUCCAUCCAGCUGUCGUCUGUUCUCUCUGAGCCUCUGCAGUGAUGUCCUAACUGCCCAGCCAGUCCCUACCUCUCUGAGUUACACUGGCCAAAGUGGUCUUAGAAUCAAACUGUGUUGAACUUUUUUGGUCCAGGGCCUGCAGACGGCUCUGCAGGUCUGGCCCGUGCUCCCCCACUGCAGCAAUAGAGGGCCCACCACUCUGCACGAGAGACUCAGGCUUUUUUCUGUCUCGAGCAGUUCCGUGUUUGUUUGCAGCCAUUUGGUUAGCACAGACCCUGUAGCUGUCGAAAGGUCAGGAGCCGUGCUUGCGAUCGAUCACUCAGAUUUCCACAUCUUUGUCAUUAGCAGGGAGCCUGGUGCCUAAUGGAAGAUUAAUAAAUGUUUGCUGAAUGUGUGAGAGUUUCAUGAGAGGCUUUUCAUCAGAAAUAACCUGCAACCUGCUGGAUGCUCUGGGAGGCUGUGAAGAUGGAUCGAGAGAGGCAAACUUGUUCCUGGACAGCUCACUUGCAGUCACAAGAGCAAGACAUGCACCCUGAAUAUUACAGGAACUAGAUUGCCGGAGGGUUUGAGAACAAACACCUUUUAUUAUUUGAAAAUACACUGGCCUUGUCAGUAAAUCCAAAAGGAGUAAAGUGUAAUGUUAAGUAGCUCAGACCUCAUUUACAACAGCCACUCUUGUCAUAAGCAAUCCCAGCUUGAAAGGAAAUAAAAGAUUGAAGAAAUUCAAUACUCAGAGGUAAAGUAAAAAAAAAAUGCACUAAUAUUUUCAACUGUAUUAUGCUUGUAAAACUGUCCUGCAUGAAAAGAACGAGGAAAGUUUUAACCUUGCCAAGUAUUUUUGAAAAUUAUUUCAAAAGACUCUGUAGAAUGGUUGUAGCCAUGUUUGGGCUAGCCUAAGACCUUUUGUGAGAUUGUUGUACUAGCUAGAUUUUUCCUGUCUUCCAGUGUUAUUUCCUGUGCCCUAUCCCAACUGUGGGGUUGUGGCGUUAAGCAUUCGCUGGGCAGAAAGGCUGGCCAGGCAGUGCAUUCUCAGAGGAGUCAGGUGACCACUGUCCGAAGGCAGUCUGUCCGCUCGCUCCUGCCUCGGGACAGCUGUUACCCAUCAGACUCCUGAGGAAGCCUUCCUGGCCAUUGCUCACUGGUUGCGGGGAGAGAGUAUGCAGUGGGUUUUUGGUUGAUCCAAUGGGAAUCACGUUGAUCUGGUGUCUAGCUUUAGUUCUGAUCAAGUGGAUCACCUCUAAGAGACGUGGAGCUAUUUCCUAUGACAGUUCUGAUCAGACUGCGUUAUAUAUUCGUAUGCUAGGAGAUGUCCGCGUAAGAAGCCGUGCCGGGUUUGAAGCAGAAAGAAGAGGUUCACACCCAUAUAUCGACUUCCGUGUUUUUCACUCUCAGUCUGAAAUUGAAGCAUCAGUGUCCGCCAGGAACAUCAGAAGACUACUAAGUUUCCAGCGCUAUCUCAGAUCUUCGCGCUUUUUCCGGGGCGCCACAGUUCCUAGUUCUCUAAACAUUCUAGAUGACGAUUAUAACGGACAAGCCAAGUGUAUGCUGGACAGAGUUGGGAACUGGAAUUUUGAUAUCUUUCUGUUUGAUAGACUAACAAAUGGAAAUAGUCUAGUAAGUUUAACCUUUCAUUUAUUUAGUCUUCAUGGAUUGAUUGAGUACUUCCAUUUAGAUAUGGUGAAACUCCGUCGAUUUUUAGUUAUGAUUCAAGAAGAUUACCACAGUCAAAAUCCUUACCACAAUGCGGUCCAUGCUGCAGACGUUACUCAGGCCAUGCACUGUUACCUAAAGGAACCUAAGCUUGCCAAUUCUGUAACUCCUUGGGAUGUCUUGCUGAGCUUAAUUGCAGCUGCUACUCAUGAUCUGGAUCACCCAGGUGUUAAUCAGCCUUUCCUUAUCAAAACCAACCAUUAUUUGGCAACUUUAUACAAGAAUACCUCAGUCCUGGAAAAUCACCACUGGAGAUCAGCAGUGGGCUUGUUGAGAGAAUCUGGUUUGUUCUCACAUUUGCCACUGGAGAGCAGGCAGCAGAUGGAGACUCAGAUAGGUGCUUUGAUCCUAGCCACAGACAUCAGUCGCCAGAACGAGUACCUGUCACUGUUCAGAUCUCACCUGGACAGAGGUGACUUACACCUUGACGAUGGCAGACAUAGGCAUUUGGUUCUACAGAUGGCCUUGAAAUGUGCUGAUAUUUGUAACCCAUGUCGGAGCUGGGAACUGAGCAAGCAGUGGAGUGAAAAAGUGACGGAGGAAUUCUUCCACCAAGGUGACAUAGAAAAAAAGUACCAUUUGGGUGUGAGUCCACUCUGUGACCGUCAGACCGAGUCGAUUGCCAACAUCCAGAUUGGUUUUAUGACUUACCUAGUGGAGCCUUUAUUUACGGAGUGGGCCAGGUUUUCAGACACGAGGCUGUCACAGACAAUGCUCGGACAUGUGGGGCUCAAUAAAGCCAGCUGGAAGGGGCUGCAAAGACAGCAGCCCAGCGGCGAGGACGCCACUGCUGCAUUUGAGUUGAACUCACAGUCACUAACUCAGGAAAAUCGAUUAUCAUAGCCCUGAACCAGUGGGGAGAACGCCCUCCUGCAAGAGUGGAACUGUGAAAUGGGAAGAACUGGUUCUGCCUGCCGGGUUUCCAGGGAACUGAUGCCAGCAUUAUUUAUUAUUGAGUUUUUCUCUGUUGGAUCGUUUGAGCCCACUUUUUAAUGAUAAGCCUGAAUAUACAGCAAUAUGCAUCUGGCUUUUGUGUGAGACCUUGAAUAUACGAAGCUCAGCAGGAGAACCAGAAAGGAUUAACAGAGGAAGACUUGCUGCUGAUUUCACAGCAUGUGUCCUCCAAGCUCUGAAACUUGAACCGAAUCUCAGCAGCAAUCUUGGUCUACCUGUCUGAUACAGCAGCGCAUCCGUCCCUUCCACUAUUUUCUCUCUGAGAAAACAGAAAUGUGAAGUGCCCAGCCUCUGCUGCCUCUGGCAAGACUCAAAUGUUUACAAAUCAACUCUGAAAUACUGGUUCUAAAUUGCCUUGGAGCAUGAUUGUGAAGGAACCACUGCGACAUUCACGCUCAAACUGGAGCCUGCAGCUCUCCCGUGGUUUGCCUUUUUCCUUCUUUGGAUGCCCUCAGAGCCUCUCGUUCGCUGUUUUGUCUUGAGCACUGGAGAGGGAGUGUUAUCACCGGGCACCGAGUGUUUCACUCCAGUGCUGUUGGGCAGUGCAGAUUUUGAACUGCGUUUGUAAUGGGGCGGGAGGGAGGGAUCACCAGUGUCCUGGCUGUGUCCAGACUGCAGUGAAGGCACUGCAUGUUGUUUUCACUACUGUACACUUGACCUGCACAUGCAAGGAAAAGGUGGACUCUUGAACACACCAUCUCAGCUCAGGGUAUUUGCCAGUCCGAAAUAAAGUGGGAUAGGGAAGUGUGUCCUUCAGAUCAAGGGAACCAAAGUCCCUUUCGCUGCAGUGCGUGAGAGGUAUGUUGUGUGACUGUGUGUGUGUGUUUGCGUGCAUGUUUGUGCAUGUAUGGCUGUGCAUGUUCUGUCCAUCCAUGUGGGAAGGGAUUGGAAAUGUAAGCUUUUAUUUAUUGUUUUAGAAUGUGACCUAGUGAGCAGCCACAUGGGGGAGGGGAAGGUGGGUCAAGCUGAAGGAUGCUCCAGUUGCCUUAAACUAUGCACAAAGCUAAGUGACCAAACUUCUCGUUUUGAUUGGAAAAGUGCAUUGUUUUCUUGUCCCUCCCUUUGAUGAGACGUUAUGCUUUGGUGGGCUUUUUGAUGUGAAUAGACGUUUUCUAGGAUAAAAUUUAAGGACUAAUUUUAGACAAAACAUUCCACUUUUGUAAUUUGUUUUCAGUGGUUUUAUGUAGAGCAAGCACAACUGUAAUCUAGUUUGAGAAACGGUGCUUUCUUUUAGUUCAUUUGUAUUUCCCUUGUUACUGUAAAAGACUGUUUAUUAAUUAUGUUUACAGUUUGUUGCAACAGCCAUCUUGGGAGGAAGCUUGAGUGGAAAGCCAUUUGUCAAAGGCUUUGCCGUACUCAUUUAAACGUGCCUGUUGCUGUUAACUUUUGAUGAAUAAAAACCGGUCUUUUCUCAUUUUUA